AUCCUGAUGGCCUAUUGACGCUGUAUAUAUUCUUUUGUACCAAUAGUCAAUAGAAUGAGUGAUUGUAAAAAAAAACUCAGGACUCUUCAGGAACAAUAAAGCAAUAAAAAUCAAUGGAGCGGUCGCGAUAAUAUUACCUAUAUAUUUGUAUUAUGAUAAAAAAGGUAACGUCAAUUUAAUAAGGCGUCGAAAAGUGAUUAGAACGCCGAAGGACAACGAAAGAUCAAUAAAAAGAGCAUGGGUAGCGCUGGUAGCGUGUAAUGCCGGCCCUCUAGUAGGCCAACAGCUAGUAGCUACUUGAAUCAGAUGAGAAUAUUGAUCCGUUAUAAAAGUCAUUUUGGAUACGAGAUGUUUUCAAACACAUCCUGGAUAGGAUCUUCCACAAGGAUAAUCUUUGCUUGAGUCUAGUGAAACCAGAAAUUUUCGGUGAAUAUUCAUCACAAAAAUUGCGAAACUGUCAUGGACUGAUUAAAUAUUCAUCCUGGUCACAUUUAGGAUCAUCCUCAUCUGUCCUGUGGUUAGCAGUAAGAAAAACAAAUGAAAUCUAAACUUCUUUUUUCAUACGUGAUGUGACUGUGAAGGCUCAAAACUCAACCACAUUUGUAGUGGCUUUUAUAAAACAUAUGUGGCAAUUUCGAGGUGCACCUAUAUUAAAAUCAGUCCACAGGAACACGCACUUCCUGGGCCUGUACUAAAGAAAGAGUCAUGCCUCAAGAGUGUACUAGACAGCCUUGAGAAAGCUUCUGCAGGUUCUGAUUUUAUUAUUGAAGUAUCACGACCUGGGGCACUUAAGAAGAGGCAAAGGUCAUUCAGUGAGCGUGAAAUGAUCUUGAUAAAAUACAAGCGAGAAUUAACGACUAGUAGUUGACGCAAACGAGAAUGAAUGAUUCCGUCGAUAAAUUGAGAUAAUAUAUUUUGAAGAUGCCUCUACCAAGUAUCCUGAGAAAAGCCAGCAGUUAUAUCCUGGGCGAAGGAGGUCAGGAUACCCGUGGACACCUGUACCAGGAUGGAGAGGUCCUCUUCUGCAAAAAUAACGUAUGUGUACAUCCACCUACGCUUAUGAGACAGCACUGUGACAUCGUGCAUCACCCUGGUUACAUGACUGUGACAUGUAAAUUUAAUAAGAACUCCAUGGUACCAACAUUACACCUUAGCUGGAUACCUAAUACUACUCUACGUAAACAUCCAACUACCCUAGAAAACAUAACUGUAAAAAAACAGGAUGGAAUUCUGAGAGAUAAUGAUAUAACAUAUCAUAUGCAGAUUUCAGAGGAGAAUUGCAAUUCCAAAUUCGAUUACGAGUGUCCUCAGGAGAAAGUUGAUGUUUGCUUGGAGGUCAAAGAAGUUGUAAAUUGUGGGGAUUGCGAAAGAGUGUGUUCAGGAGGAUUUGCCAAGGUACUGAGAGGAGAGCUACGUAAUAGUAUUGUUACAGAGGUAAAGGAGACAGAUGCUAUAGAGACUCCUAAUAAUCAUACAGCGAACAAGGACUCUUUGGAGAACUCAAAAUGUCCAAAAACCAAUGGUGAUAUCAUCAGCAAAAACAUGAAGGAUGUCACUAAACAGGAUGAAUGUUUGGAGAGCAUCUAUGAGGAAAGGGAACGUGGUAUUAAUUUAAAUUGUUUGCAUUUUGAAUCUUCUGUGACGAAACAACCUGAGAGGACUCUUUAUGAGGAGCCAGCAGUUCUGGACCUAGACACAGUUCAGUCUGCUGCUUUUGACUAUGACAGGAAGAGUUUUGAUGAAAAAAGUAUCAAAAGUCGGAGUAUGUCUCUCACAUCAACUUGUAGUUUCACAGUGACAGCCCCAUCUGACACUGAGGAAUUUCCAACAUGGAUGAGGUCUCCUGAACUCCUAGCAUUACAACACAACCUAACAUUUCCUGAGAGUGCAACAGCUUCUCCGGUCACACUGCGCCGAGCUCAUAAAUGCAGAAGAUUCUCCGUAGAUUUAAAUCAGAUGAGGUCUUUGAGACUCUUCUUUGCUGAUCCUGCAUGCACUUGUGGGCAACUGGUAGUAGCAAGUAGAGAGAGUCAAUAUAAGAUCUUACACUUCCAUCACGGAGGCCUAGACCGUCUUGCAGCUACGUUACACCAGUGGCAUCAGUUAUUGUAUCCGCGAUUAAACGCAGAAGCUGAGGAAGUGCUACCUUACAGGCACUUUAUGGUGUGUCGUCCAGAGGUUACUCGGGAUGAACUGCAUCCUGAAGAAGGUCAGGUACCAAUGAUCACAUCAUUAGCGUGGAAAGAUUUGUUAAAUGAAAGGGGUCAAGUAGAGGAUGACCUAGCUCUACGCAAAGGAAUCUUUUUCGGUGGUCUCGAACCUGCCCUGAGAAAAAUUGUCUGGCCAUUCCUCCUGCAUUGCUAUUCCUAUCAGAGUACAUAUGAAGAGCGUGAGCAAAUAAAUUUAAUACGAAAGCAGGAGUACGAGGAAAUAGAGAGACGGAGACUUAACAUGAUUCCCGAACAAGCUGAGCACUUUUGGAGAAAUGUGGUGUGCAUCGUUGAAAAGGACGUGAUACGGACGGAUCGUGGAAAUCCUUAUUAUGCGGGGGAGGACAAUCCAAACGUGGAAAUCAUGAAGAACAUUUUGCUCAAUUAUGCGGUCUAUAAUCCACGUCUGGGCUACACUCAGGGUAUGUCAGACCUCCUAGCACCACUUCUGGCAGAAUUGAAUUCCGAAACUGAAGCCUUCUGGUGUUUCGCGGGCCUAAUGCAAAGAUCAGUAGCUGUGUGCACACCUACGGACAUGGACAUGGACAGGAACUUGUGCUAUCUACGAGAACUAAUAAGAAUAAUGGUUCCCGAUUUUUACUCGCAUCUCGAGAAACAUACUGACGCUCUGGAGCUACUCUUUUCCCAUCGGUGGAUACUUCUUUGUCUAAAACGAGAAUUUCCUACGGAAGUGGCUCUGGUCAUGUGGGAGGCCUGUUGGGUCAAUUAUCUAACCGACCACUUCCAUCUCUUUCUUUGCCUAGCGAUUAUGUGUGUCUAUGCGGAUGACGUUAUAGCCCAGGAUCUGCGAACUGACGAGAUGUUACUGCACUUUAGUUCUCUAGCGAUGUAUAUGGAUGGAAAUGUUAUAAUACGAAAGGCAAGGGGACUCUUACAUCACUUCCGACAGCUGCUGCAAUUGCCCUGCACCUUGGCGGGACUUUGUAGACAAUGCGGACCAGGGAUGUGGGACAGUAGUCAUAAUCCUGUUAUCGUAUGCGUAGGACAUGGUGACGUGCAGUGCCCCUAUAUCGAAAAUUAUUAAGAAAAAAAAACCUUGGCUCUCCAUCUUGAACGACCAAAAUAUAAU